UCCAAACCAAGCUCAAGACCAAUCAGAAGAGGCAAUGUUAUUGACCUAUCACAAUUCCUGACGCAUUUACCUCUCUAUAGGAGUAAACCAAUCAUUAACUAGUAUUUAACAGAAUAUUUGUAUUAGUCAAGUGAAUGGAAAUAGAGACUUACUGUCAUGAUCCAAUUCCUGUAAUGACUGACCAAUUACAUAUUAAAAACUAGUAGCGACCACUAUUAUUAAUUGGCAAAUGUUCUAAUCCAGUUCUUGGUUGGAUUGUGCUUUUCUUUAUCUCGAUGGAGAGCUUUUCCGCUCUGUUUGCUACUGCUGAUUCUGCACCUUCGAUACCCGCUGCUCCUGGGCCUCAGAACCCAGUUGGUGGGUUCGGGACAGGAAAGCCGCAGACAAUCUCUGGGGCCACAAACUCUGUAGUCCCCGGCCCUCCGCUUCCUCCUCCGCCACCACUUCCUGCAGGAUCGGUUGUAGAGGAUACCACCCGCAGAACCCCGGCUGGACCAUUUUAUUUGCUGCGAGAGCUGCCAGGACUCUCCGAUCUGACAGGCAGUGUCAAUCUCAUCUUGCAUUAUAAUCUGGAACAUUCUUUUAGCAAGUUCUGUGGAAAAAAAGUCAAAGAAAAACUCAGCAACUUCCUUCCAGACCUCCCGGGUAUGAUUGAUACUCCGGGUGCUCAAGACAAUAGCAGUCUACGAUCUCUUAUUGAGAAACCUCCAAUAUGUGGUAACUCCUUCACCCCACUUACUGGAGCCCUGCUUACUGGAUUCAGACUGCAUGCCGGACCGCUCCCAGAACAAUGUCGUUUAAUGCAUAUUCAGCCACCAAAGAAGAAAAGUAAAAAACACAGACAGAACAGAACUCAGGAGCCAGCCCCUCCAGAGACCCCUUCAGAUUCUGAUCACAGAAAAAAGAAAAAGAAGCAAAGAGAAGAUGAUCCAGAAAGGAGAAGGAAAAAGAAAGAUAAAAAGAAAAAGAAGAGUCGACACAGCCCUGAGCACCCAGGAGCAGGAAGUUCACAAAGUGGUCUGCGUUGAACACCCAUUAUUUACUGUAUAUUAACACAAAUAUAUAAUUUCUUUUUAAAUAAAGCUAUCUGCCAGUUUCACAUGAAAAUAUUUUUAAAUUUUGUAGUUAUGAGGUCCUGUUGUGGAAUUUUAGAUUUGUUUUAUAUAUCCUGCUUGGUGUAAUACAAUGUAUUAAAUACCCUGCCAUUUGCCUAA